GCUCGCCACAGAUGCACGGCGAGAAAGCUGGCGAGCACGCCUCCGACGACAGACCUCACGAUCAGCCCUCCUCAGCUGCUACCAAGAAACCCUUGCUGGAUAGGCUACAUUUGCCUGAUUGGGUCGCGACUAAUCUGCGUUCUUCGAGGUCUAGGAGGGUAUGGCUCAGGUGUUGGAUCGCAUCUUGGGCCGCUUAUGUCAUUUUGCUGCCCAAUGCGUCUCUGAAGGAGCUAGGAAACGCUGCGUUCUUUGCGUUCCUUGCAAGCUUUAUGGCGCCUGCGAAUUUGCCAGUGCAGUUCUUCCUAUUUGUCCUUACAACUAUGAUCCUUGGCAUGUGCCUGGGAUGGGCAUUGGGCGCGGCUGCCAUGAAAGCUGCUCUCGCCUCCAGGAACCAGCUCCUCCUCAAACAAAGUCUUCUAAGGGAGGCUCAAAGUGCCGCGGGUUUAGCCAAUCCGGAUGCCCUGUUCCAAGCAGAUAUAUUUGCUGGCAAAUUCCUUGACACUGCGUCAUCCAUCAUCUUCGCAGUCUUCUUGGGGUUUGGUUGCUUCCUCUUUGCUCUGAUGCGAUCGUAUACACCAAAGUUGCUGCUUACGAGCAUUUUUGGCACUAUUGCGUUGGAUAUCUUCUGCAGCUACGGCGCCUUGUUCCCCUUCCCCCAGUAUACCCUCAUGAAUUCCCUCCUCGAGUCGGUUGCAUGCUAUAUCGGCAUCGGCGUUAUUUGCAUACUAUUCAUCUUCCCUGAGACUUUGAAUCAUGCAACACUGGUGUCCACUUCCGCCUUGAUAGGACGUCUGAAGGACAUUGUAGAACUGCAGCACCAGAUCCUCAAUGCUUCUCCCGACGACCUUGCCGAAGGGACGCCGCUCGCUUCCAAGGUACAAGGCUUGCGAGUGGCAGUCCUCGCGCAUAUUCAGCAGAUGAUGAGCUCCCUGAGUUUCAUUGGGGCCGAAUUUAGUUGGGGCAAAUGGAAUGCCGAUGAUAUUACAGGAUUGAAAGAACCGCUUGUCCUCUUGGUUAACCGGGCAGCUGCCUUGCAUACCUUCGCGAAGCUUGCCGGACACCGUUAUUCGCGCGAGCCAGACCAGUCUCUUUCCCGCGAAGACUCCAUUUCUUCUAGUGCACCUUCCUCAGCCGCUGAGGAUGCACACGGAUUCACUGGCGACACGCCCCUCCUGCGCCAGCUCCGCCAGAAGCACCAUACCGCGGAGUCGGCCUACUCUGUGCGCAUGCACGACGUUAUGCACGUGAUCGAAGAGUCCACUGCAGACCUGCGUUCCGCCUGUUCCGAUGGUCUGCGCGCGACGAAGACAGUGCUCGACAGCAUCAAUACACGGCGGUAUGCCAGCAAAGGUGUCAAAGAUUCCGACCAGCACCUCGUCGACUUCGACGCUGCACUGGAGCGCCUGCGCACCGCACUCGAAGAGUUUAAGACCUCGCGCCGAUUGCAGCUCUUGCAUCCGUUUGGCAGCGUUCUCGAAGAUGCGAGGACGUCGGAGCCGCUUAGGCUACAGCCAAGCGCCAUCCCUCUGCGCAGCCUCUACGUCUCGUUCGUAUUCGCGACUAACCUUGUCGUGCUUACGGACGCGAUCAUCGGGCUGAUGGAGUAUGUUCAGCUGACGGCGCACAAACGGAGGAAGAAUCGUCUGUGGGCCCCUGGCGGACUGCGCGCCCUGGGGAGGGCCAUCAUGUCUCGGGGAGACACGAGCGACCAGGCUGCAGGCGAAGACCACGCGCCCCAGCCUGAUGAGGAGGUCAAGGAAGAGGAGGGACCGUAUCGACGCGAUCCUGAUAGUAGGCCACCUACGAAUACUUUGCAAAGAAUUGCUAACGGCCUGCACUCUCUGUAUAAAUGGACCAAAACACCUGAAGCUCUUUUCUGCUUCAGAUAUGUUAUCAUCUCCAUUGCAUUAUACAUACCGGCCGUAGUCCGUACAAGUGCAAACUUUAUCUAUGUUAACAAGGGCCUUUGGUCCCUCAUCAUGGCACAGACAACGUUAAAUAUAUUCGUGUCCGACCAGAUAUUCAACUACUUCACUCGCCUGCUCGGCACAUUCAUUGGUGCUGUGCUAGGUUUGCUCUCUUGGUACAUAGGCGAUGCAAAAAGCAAUGGUAGCCCAUACGGCUCGGCCGCCACUGUCGCUGUCUUCUUGGUUCCUCUCGUCUUCCUGAGGCUGUUCUCUCCCCCGCAGUAUCUAUCAGGUGUGAUGCUUGGCGGUGCCACCUACAUCCUGGUCCAAGGGUACUCUUGGAUUGACGGGCAUUUGCACAUUGCCGGUAAUCCGGGACUUGGGUGGGAGGUAGCAUGGAGGCGCUUCGUCAACGUGAUCAUCGGCUGCGCCGCGUCAUUCGUCGUGAUGAUGCUUCCGCCCAAGUCCGGACGCAAAGCCGUCCGGCUGCGCAAUGCCUCUAAUAUAUCCACGCUCUCCUUCCUGUACUCGGACAUCAUGGCCGUAUGGAUCAGCAGCGCCAGCGCGCGUCACGCACAUGGAUCCAUGACUGAGCUCCUACCGAACGCACGCAAGAAGUUCCUCAGACUUGCGACGCAGCUCCAGGCGAUCAAGACUCAGACGGCCAUAGCCAAGUGGGAGGGCAGCAUCCGCGGCGCAUGGCCAUCCGAGGAGUACAUGAGGCUCGCAAACGUGCAGACGGACAUGAUGAGUAGCCUUGCCCUACUUGCGAGUGCGUUGGCUCAGAUCGACCCUGCGAUGCGUGCUGGCUUCCUGCAGCGCACAAUGGCUGUCAACCCUAACUUUAUCUCAGAUGUGAUGGCUACCUUCUCGCUGGUCUCACAGGCCCUACGCACUGGGGAGCCCCUUCCACAGCCUUUCCACCAGAACCUGCUCGAUAGACUACAUUACCAUGGCACUGUCGGACGCCACACAUUCGCUGGGAAUGAUGACAAUGCUAAGGACUCGGUACACAAGAACCACCUCGACCAAAUCGCGAAUUACGAGUUCAUGUUCUAUGCCACCGCGAUCUGUGCCGUGUUCCAAAUCGUGGAUGGAUUAAAUGAGCUGCAUGAAAUCACAGCGAGGCUUUGUGGCGAAAUUCCUUUGCAGGGGUGGACGAAGUGGAGAGCAGAGUAUGACCAGACACAUGUCAUGAAGAUGUGAUUGUAUUACCGGCAUAUGAUUAUUGAUUAUGCCAUUUAUUCGGUAUACCAUUUCGUCUUCUAUAGUCUCCUGGCGUACUUUUCAUGGCCAACCGACUCUCACUCGCGGUUACUAGACUGGAAUCACAGUCAUCAUCAUUAUCAAAAUCAUUCAAGGCCCCAAGAUAACUUGUAAGAACGGUUUAAGCAAGUUAUCAUCAACGUUCCCCCGACGGGCUCAGUGCGAACCAACAGUAAUCCGCGCCUUCGUCUGUGAUGGAAAGUAACUCUGGCGGGCUGAGGAAGCGGACUUCGCCGUGCGGCGAUUCGCGUUGAGCGCCGUACCACCCGGCGAAGCCCGACGCGCUGUGCGGCGUACGGGGCAAGUCCAUGAAGGAUGCUGAUGCACUCGCGAACGGCGCGGGCGUGCUCGGGGGCGUCCCCGCGGUCCUGUGGUCGAACGUAGAGGGGGUGGAGGGAGACCGGCUGAGCAGGGCUCCCAUUGCUAGCAGGCCGACGACGAACCUGUGUGGCGCAGUCCCGUGAGGCACAAAACACUGAGGCUGAGACAGUCGUUACGCACCCAGCUUUCUUGCCUGACCGCGGCUCGGUUGGCCCCGCGUCGCGGGACCGGGCAGAGACGGGCUGUGUCCUCCCAGGCACCGGCGUAGACGGUAGAGCAGGUGAGGGAAGGAUGUGUGUCGCAUUCGCGGGGCUCUGAGCGAGCUCAAUGGUCAGAUCUUUCUUUGUACGCAGGCGAUGACGACGCGGUGAGACAUCGGAGAGGGAUAUUGGCGAUUGGGCGCGACAUGCCUCGGUCGACGUCAGCUGUGAUGACCCGGCAGGCACAUGCACAGAUGGUGUCUUGUGCACAGACGAUGCCUUGCAUGAAUCCGCCAGCGCGAUAGGGAUGAUACCGGAGAGCAGCGGGCUGACAUCAGACUCUGACAGGUGCUCUGUACAUAUCUGUCAGUGUGGGCACGAAUGAGACGUGGGAGCGGACGUACUGAGGAUGUCUAAAGCCAAUAUCUCAGGAGUGACGGCCUCAUCCAUGAGCUUGCCCGCGUGCCCGCGGUAGUCGUAUCGCGCCAUCAGCCAAAUCUUGAACUCAUCGAUAGUACGCGCAUUUAUUCCAGAGAAUACCAGAGGCACGUCUGUCGGCAAGGGACCAGGAGAAUCACAGAUGCGAGCAGCCUCUUCGACAACUUCCAUCGCGAUCUCCAUGUACCUGUAGUCAAUGCUACCGUAGCGAGUAUCAAGCCGCAACGGAGAAGUGUUGGCCGACCGUGGGUUGCAGGACACGGGACUGACAGGGCAGCUGUGGUGCUCGGAUGCUCCAUAGUAACAGCCGCUUGUGCGCGCGCAUCUCUCCACUGCGGAGUGAGGAUGAAGAUACGCGUCCCCGUUAUUCAGGAGGGCUUCGAAAGCUCUAGAACGCGCGAGGUCGGGGAGGCUCUUCGGCCUACUCGAAUUGACGUUCCUGGGCAGCUCCUGCCUCGUGUCGUGACCUAAAUCAUCCCCAGAGGGCUUGAUGACUACAAUUGGCGGUAUAGAGAGCGUGCGUUCUCUGAGACGUGCACUGCCAUUGGACCAAGGUUAG